UAUCUAUUUCUAAUUACAAUCUAAUUAGUUAAUUCAAGUUUAUUUGAUUUCUUCUGAUAUGAUUAACCGGUAUUCCCACCGAUUGCUGGUUUAACCACAAGUGGAAAGGUUCGCGACUCAACAAGCAAUUUAAUGGACAAUUAAUUAAUUUCCAUGAUAAACGAUUAAGAGAUUAAUCAUAAUUAACGCAAACUCUUUGUUAAAUGAUUACAAUUAGAAAAGAAAUCAAGUCAUGCUCUUUAUGGAUAAAAGAAUCAGUUGCUUGAGUCUCUUCGUGCCGGUAACAUUAUCAAUUGUGUUUUUUUUCUCGAUUGUCAAACUUUCUAAUUAUGUUCAUUCAAUAAAUUUAAUUCUCUUGAUUAUCUUCACCAGAGAAUCCAGGAAUAAUCAGUGUCUUGGCUUAGUGUCUAAAGAAUAUAAACCAUUCCACCCACAAUUACAGUUCUCUUUCUCUCUAUUCUCCUAAUUUUGUUCUAAUUAAUUAUCUUAAUCAAAAUCUACCUUUUUGGAAAAAUCAGUUAAAAUCUUCUCUCUUUUUUCAUUGAUAGAAAAGUUUUUUUGCUAUUGGAAAACAUUCACAAAUUGCAACGAUUUUGGAUCAAUCGAGAAGAUCAUCAGAAUGGACCCAACAACGACAGUAACCACUAUUCCAGGUGAUGGACCAUCAAUUCAAGAAUCGAGUCACAUUUCACCGAAUUAUAGUUUUAUAUUCAAGUUCGAACAAUCUUUCGAGUAUCGAGAGAAACGAGAGUGGAUGCAAACGCAUUGGCACGAAGCCUUUUACUGGGUCGCUGUUUACAUGUUGAUUGUCUUCGGUGGUCAAGCUUAUAUGUCAAACCGUCCACCGUUCAAAUUAAGAAGGACCUUAACCCUUUGGAAUUUAUCAUUGGCCUUAUUCUCAAUUGCUGGAACAUUAAGAACUGUACCUGAGAUGUUACAUGUAUUGAACAACUUUGGAUUCUAUCACACUGUUUGCAAUCCAAGUUAUGUUGAAGUUACUCGAGUCUCUGGAUUCUGGACAUGGAUGUUUGCCUUAUCCAAGGUUCCAGAAUUAGGUGAUACGAUUUUCAUUGUUCUGAGGAAGCAAAAUCUCAUCUUUCUUCAUUGGUACCAUCACAUUACGGUUCUCAUCUUCACUUGGUACACUUACGGUCAACACAUUUCACCGGCGAGGUGGUACAUUUGCAUGAACUAUUUGGUCCACUCGAUGAUGUACACUUAUUACGCUGCUCGUGCUCUCGGUUUCAAAGUGCCCAGAAAAUUAGCCAUGGUCAUCACUAGUUCACAAAUUAUUCAAAUGGUCAUCGGCUGUUUCGUCACCUACUAUGGCUACUCCAAAGCCACACAAGGUGUUGCCUGUAAAUUACCCGUUUCAACAGCUAAAUUAGGUUUAAUUAUGUAUGGUAGUUAUUUUGUUUUAUUUGCUCACUUUUUUGUUAAUACUUAUGGAAUCAAAAGUAACCAAAAGGAACCAAGCUCAUCAACAACGUGCAUUAAAACAGUUAAUCAACAAUCAGUGAAAGAGAAAGCAAAAAGUCAAUAAUCAACAGCAAACAAUUGACGCAAUCAACAAACCACCGAACCUUUCAAACCAAUUUCUAAUUUUAUGUCACAUGUAUUGAAUACAAUUAACUGUCAAUUUAAGGGGCAGCAUUUUACCCUACAUGUAUGAUUAACUACUUAAUCACAAUCCUUUAUAUUUUAAUUUAGUUUUCUGUUGACCAUUGACAAAAAAUUAUUAUUACUUUUGAUUAUCACAAAUCAAAAAUCAUCAUUAUUUAUCAUCUAAUAGUUUCUUAAUCAACAAGUUUGAAUAAACGAGCGUAAAUUAAUUAAUA